UGGAUGUUUUUUGAUUGUUGCACCAUUCUUGGUAAACCCUUGACACUGUCGUGCGUGAAAAUCCCAGGAGGCCGGCCUUUUCUGAGAACCAGCGCGCCUGGCACCCAAGAUCAUACCACGCUCAAAGUCGCUUAGGUCACUCGUUUUGCCCAUUCCAACAUUCAAUCAAACAGUAACUGAAUGCCUCGAUGCCUGGCUCCCUGCUUUAUCUAGCAAGCCACAGCCACUGUAUGUAGGAACCUUAUGUUUUAGGUUAUUGUCCUGCUGAAAGGUGAAUUUGUUCCCUAGUGUCUGUCGGAAAGCAGACUGAACCAGGUUUUCCUGUAGGAUUUUGCCUGUGCUUAGCUCGAUUACGUUUCUUUUUAUUCUAAAAAAACUCCAUAGUCCUUGCUGAUGACAAACAUACCCAUAACAUGAUGCAGCCACCACCAUGCUUGAAAAUACUGUAUGAAGAGUGGUACUUAGUGAUGUGUUGUGUUGGAUUUGCCCCAAACAAAUGUAUUCUGGACAUAAAGUUAAUUUCUUUGCCAAUUUUUUUGCAGUUUUACUUUUGGAAUAUUUGUAUUAUGUAAAAGCUUCCUUCGUUGCAUUCUAUCAUUUACAGUACCUUGCAAAAGUAUUCAUCCCCCUUGGCAUUAUUGUUUCAAAUAAUUCUAAAAAAAUUAAUAAUGGAAAAGUGGUGCAUGCAUAUGUUUUCACCCCCUUUGCUAUGAAGCCCCUAAAUAAGAUCUGGUGCAACCAAUUACCUUCAGAAGUCACAUAAUUAGUUAAAUAAAGUCCACCUGUGUGCAAUCUAAGUGUCACAUGAUCUGUCACAUGAUCUCAGUAUAUAUACACCUGUUCUGAAAGGCCCCAGAGUCUGCAACACCACUAAGCAAGGGGCACCACCAAGCAAGCAGCACCAUGAAGACCAAGGAGCUCUCCAAACAGGUCAGGGACAAAGAUGUGGAGAAAUACAGAUCAGGCUUGGGUUAUAAAAAAAUAUCAGAAACUUUGAACAUCCCACGGAGCACCAUUAAAUCCAUUAUAAAAAAAUUGAAAGAAUAUGGCACCACAACAAACCUGCCAAGAGAGGGCCGCACACCAAAACUCAUGGACCAGGCAAGGAGGGCAUUAAUCAGAGAGGCAACAAAGAGACCAAAGAUAACCCUGAAGGAACUGCAAAGCUCCACAGCGGAGAUUGGAGUUUCUGUCCAUAGGACUACUUUAAGCCGUACACUCCACAGAGCUGGGCUUUACGGAAGAGUAGACAGAAAAAAGCCAUUGCUUAAAUAAAAAAAUAAGCAAACACGUUUGGUGUUCGCCAAAAGCCAUGUGGGAGACUCCCCAAACAUAUGGAAGAAGGUACUCUGGUCAGAUGAGACUAAAAUGUAGCUUUUUGGCCAUCAAGGAAAACGCUAUGUCUGGCGCAAACCCAACACCUCUCAUCACCCUGAGAACACCAUGCUGUGGGGAAGUUUUUCAUCGGCAGGGACUGGGAAACUGGUCAGAAUUGAAGGAAUGAUGGAUGGCGCUAAAUACAACUUCCAACAGGACAAUGACCCUAACCAUACUGCUAAAGCAACACUUGAGUGGUUUAAGGGGAAACAUUUAAAUGUCUUGGAAUGGCCUAGUCAAAGCCCAGACCUCAAUCCAAUUGAGAAUCUGUGGUAUGACUUAAAGAUUGCUGUUCACCAGCGGAACCCAUCCAAUUUGAAGGAGCUGGAGCAGUUUAGCCUUGAAGAAUGGGCAAAAAUCCCAGUGGCUAGAUGUGCCAAGCUUAUAGAGACAUACCCCAAGAGACUUGCAGCUGUAAUCUUCAAAGUGAUAGGCAUGUUGUGUAAAUCAAAUGAUUCAAACCCCCAAAAAAUCCAUUUAAAUUCCUGGUUGUAAGGCAACAAAAUAGGAAAAAUGCCAAGGGGGUGAAUACUUUCACAAGCCACUGUAGGUUAGAUUUGUGGAGUAACUACAAUGUUGUUGAUCCAUCCUCAGUUUUCUCCUAUCACAGCCAUUCAACUCUGUAACUGAUUUAAAGUCACCAUUGGCCUCAUGAUUGUGAUGAGGUGGUGUGGAAGGAGUCAGGUGCAGGAGGGUAAAUCACAGAAACACAGGCUUUAAUCCGCAAAAAGACACAGUUUUACGCAGAAAUGCGUCAAACACACUCCAGGGCACAAAACAGGCACACUGGAAAAUACAAGGCACACGGGAAAUCUCCCGUUGAAACAAAGUACACGAGCUCCACCGAGCUUCACUAACCUCCACAAAUAACAAUCACCCACACAGACAAGGAAGCAGAGGGAACACUUAUACAAUGACUAAUGAGGGAAUAAGGACCAGGUGUGUGUGAUUGAAGACAAGACAAAUGGAGUGAUGAUAAAUGGAUCGGCAGUAGCUAGUAAGCCGGUGACGCCGAACGCCGAAACCUGCCCGAACAAGGAGGGGAGGCAGCCUCGGCGGAAGUCGUGACACAUGAUAAAAUCCCUUAGCGGUUUCCUUCCUCUCUGGCAACUGAUUAAAGAAGGACGGCUGUAUCUUUGUAGUGACUGGGUGUAUUGAUACACCUUCCAAAGUGUAAUUAAAAACUUCCCCAUGCUUAAAAGGGAUAUAAAUGUCUGCUUUUGUGGUUAAAUAUGUGUUUGAAAUUCACUGGUCAAGUAAUUCAAAAAUCAUGUUAAACACUAUUAUUGCGCACAGAGUGAGUCCAUGCAACUUAUUAUGAGACUUGUUAAACACAUUUGUACUCCUGAACUUAUUUAGGCUUGCCAUAGCAAAGUGGUUGAAUACUUAUUGAAAUUGUAAACAUUUCUAAAACAUAAUUCCACUUUGACAUUAUGGGGUAUUAUGUAGUCUCGUGUAGCUCAGUUGGUAGAGCAUGGCGCUUGCAACGCCAGGGUUGUGGGUUCGAUUCCCACGAGCGACCAGUAUGAAAAAAAUAUAUAAAAAAAAUAUAUGCACUCACUAACUGUAAGUCGCUCUGGAUAAGAGUGUCUGCUAAAUGACUAAAAUGUAUUGUUUGUAGGCCAGAGACACAAAAUCUCAAUUUAAUCUAUUUUAAAUUCAAGCUGUAACACAACAAAAUGUGGAAUAGGUUCACGGGGUGUGAACACUUUCUGAAGGCACAGGGCUGUGAAUACUUUCUGAAGGCCCUGUAUAGUCAAGGGGUGUGAAUACUUGAAUAUUAUUUGCAGUUGAAGCUUUACAGACCUGACUGUAGCUAACAGGCUGUUCUGUUACAGACUUGAGGAGCAGGCUACACCGAGACGUGGCUGUAGCUAACAGGUUCUUCUUCAUCGUCUUCUCUGACGCCCUCUGCUGGAUCCCCAUCUUCCUGGUCAAAAUACUGUCCCUGCUGCAGGUCGAGAUACCAGGUAAUCGUUGUUGGGGAAGCUACUCUGAAAAUAUAAUUUACCAAGCUAUCAAUUAGUUUACACAGAAGUUAAGCUACACUAAAGCUACCCCUAUGAAAAAUAUAGUUUACUUAACUAAAGUUCCUUUGAAAAAGUAGUUCACUUACAUCCAAACGAAUUAGUGAAAGAUUAUCAUAUGCAAAUCUGAAAUGUCAUUGACUAUGAAUUGCAACAACAGAUCACAUUGGGGUCAUAUGUUAUUAAAAUGUGUAAUUUAGCUUAAUAACAUCAGGCCUGAGGACCCCAGCAAAAAUCUGCCUCACAGCGUUAUUACAAUUUUAUUUUCAGGACAACCAGGGCUACAAUAGAACACAAAAUAAUCAGUUGCAUUCAUGAGCUUUAUUGACCAAUGUCAAUUUAAAAAAAUUAUGUCCGCCAAGCAAAAACCUGAUCAAAAAUGUAUUUAAAGAACGCUGUAAGUACAGAAAUGGUUUGCUCAGUGGGAAAUGAAUAUCCAACUAGUCAAUGAGGUUGGAGGUUGGAGUUUGUGACGGCAAAUAUGUGAGUUUAUUAAUAAGUAUGAAUUAUAUAGUAUGACCUGGAAUUUCCUAUGAUCUUCUAUGUAGAAUAACUCCUUACCUUCUAACUACUGUUGUGUGGCGUGUGAGUGUCAUAGAUGGGUCAUAAUAGUUUGUAGCUGUUGUGUGGCGUGUUUCUGAGAGGAACCGCCCCCCCAGGCCCCUUGUCUCACAAACACCUGCUACUCAUACAGACUAAUGGUUGGUAUCAAUGGAUGCAGAAGAAAUAUACGAAUCCAAUGGUACCAACCCAGAAGUCUGUUUUAAAAGGGGUUUGAAGUCCAAAAAAACGCACCAGCGUCACAGAUGGACUGUAGGAAUUGAACACAAAAAACGAUGUUUCAAGUGAGAAUCAGGCAGGUCUGGUGCUGAAAAAGAAAGGAAGUUAUUGUCUACUUCACCCAUAUUUCCUUUUGUUUUUGAGAAAAAAGCAGUGUGUAGUUCCAGUAGUUAGCUAAACCGCUACAUGGCAAAAAAAGUAAUUAACUACUGAAAACACUACCUAGAUUUGAACUUAGUUCAACUACCACCAAGCUAACGCAAAACGCAGUUAAAUUACACUACAUGUAGUUCACUACUCCCCAACACUGCAGGUAAUACACAAGGACACACACACCCCCCACAUGCACACACCUCUAACUCCCUCUCUCUCCCUCCCCCUCCAGGUACCAUCUCAUCCUGGGUGGUGAUCUUUAUAUUACCCAUCAACAGCGCCCUGAACCCUAUCCUCUACACCCUGACUACCAGCUUCUUCAGAGAACAGGUAGUGGGUGCAUCCCAAAUGGCGCCCUAUUUCCUGUAUAGUGCACUACUUUUGAUCAGGGCUUUGGUCAUAUAGACUUAUUUUCUAAGAUUGAGCUCCCGACUAUUCCAGAAGAACAGAGAAUCUCCUUAAUGCCCCUAUUACCAAGGAAGAGAUCAUGUUUUGCAAUGAAAGAAUCUAUACAAUGGUAGGGCCCCAGGAGCGGACGGGUUUUGUAAUGAGUUCUAUAAGGAGUCUCUGAUCCUUGAGCCAUCGCUUGAUAUGUUUAACCACUCAUUUUCAAAAUGACCGCCUCCCUCAAAACGCUGAGGGAAGCCAACAUAUCACUUAUUCUCAAAAAGGGAAAAUGCCCAGAUUCUUGUCCCUUCCUUCUGAAUGUGGAUGGAAAAUUGCUUUCUAAAAUCCGAGCCACACGACUAGAGGACUCAUUGCCACUAUGUGUGAAAGGGGACCAAACUGGCUUCAUUAAGGGUCGUAAGUCACGUAACAACGUCAGGCGGCUUCUUAAUGUUAUUCAAGCCUACCAAAGUAGUGCACUAUGUAGGGAAUAGGGUGCCAUUUGGGAUGUAGUCUCUAGUUUUUCUUUCAGUUUACCUGCCACCACUGGUAAAUAUUUACAUUUUAGUCAUUUUUAGCAGACGCUCGUAUCCAGAGCGACUUACAGUUAGUGAGUGCGUACGUUUUUCAUACUGGCCCCCCGUGGGAAAACGAACCCACAACCCUGGCGUUGCAAGCGCCAUGCUCUACCAACUGAGCUACAAGGGACCCAUAAUAUAAAUAUAAAUAUAUAUAUACAGUACCAGUCAAAGGUUUGGACACACCUCCAGGGGUUUUCUUUAUUUUUACUAUUUUCUACAUUGUAGAAUAAUAGUGAAGACAUCAGAACUAUGAAAUAACACAUAUGGAAUCAUGUAGUAACCAAAAAAGUGUUAAACAAAUCAAAAUAUAUUUUAUAUUUGAGAUUCUUCAAAGUAGCCACCCUUUGCCUUGAUGACAGCUUUGCACACUCUUGGCAUUCUCUUAGAUGAGGGAGGACGAUAUUUUGUAAUUUUAUUUUUUAUGGGCCUUAUUUCUAUUACAGACUGUCAUUCAUAUUCCAUUCACCCAGCUCAAUGUAACAUCCAUACGUUUAGGCUACUGCGUGAUACUCAAAUGUUCCCUAUACCCAUCAUGAGGUUGCUACAACCUAGCCUAUGAAUGAAAGUUUACAACGUAGGUUCAUAGGUCGAGAGAAUUUUGGAGUAAUCAAAGUGACAGACAGUAACAGAUGCAAUACCGCUUCACACACUCUUGCCUGCAUCUAGCUGAUCUAGGGUGUAAUCAUUAGUCCAACAGUUGCAAAUUAGAGUUUUAUUGGACAAAUUCAGGUAUGUUUAUCCCCAUUUCGUUCCGUAUGCUUUAGGUAAGAAACUUUCUUCAACAGAAUCGGCGGAAUGAAUAUACCCCUGAUCACAAGCAAACACGGUCCACUUUCGUAGCAGCCAUAUAAAAACAGCAUGAUCACGUUGCUCAUUGUAUAUUUAAUUCCUUCUCCCUUUUCCCUGCACUUGUGGACUUCAGUGCACAGCAUAUCAGCUGUCUGUAACCAGGCGAAAAACCUUUCCCAGCCAAACCUUCAUAUCAUGACUGCUUACCGCUACACACAGCCUACAUCGUUGUCACGUCAUAGUCAACAUAGCUACUACAACUAACGCGUUAGUAAACCCGCUAUGAGGUUGCUACAACCUAGCCUACGAAUGAAAAUCUACAAAGUAGGUGCUUAGGUCGAGAGAAAAAAUUUAGUAAUCAAGGUGAGAGACCGUGACAUUUAAUACCGCCUUGCACACUCUUGCCUGCAUCUAGCUGUUCUAGGGUGUAAUCAUUAUUCUAACACUUGCAAACGAGAGUUUCUAUUGGAAAAAAUGCAGGUAUGUUUAUCCCUGUUUCGUUCCGUUUAAGAAACGUUUUUCAACAGAAUCGCUGGAAUGAAUACACCGCUGAUCAUCCGCAAACACAGCUCACUUUCAUAGCAGCCACAUACAAACAGCAUGAUCCCUUUGCUCGUUGUAGAAUUCCUUCUCGCAUAGAUGUGCUCUCCUCCUCUCACCUUUUCCCUUCGCUUGUGGACUUCAGUGCACAACACAAAAGCUGUCUGUGACCAGGCGAAAAAACCUUUCCAAGCCAAACCUUCAUAUCAUAACCGCUAACCGCUACACACAGCCUACAUCGUUGUCACCAUAUUAGCUAAUGUCAUAGUCAACAUAGCUACUAGAAACCCACUAAAAUCAUGCAGGACAGUGUACAGCAAGUAAUUUAGCAGUAACACCGGCAGGCACCAGUGGCAAUAAAUGUAUAAAACCAAAAGCUUACCUUGACUUGGAAGACUUCCAGUGUUGGAUAGCCAAAGCCAGCUAGCUAAUAUAGCAUCCCUGUCUGUUUGAGCUGGGCGUUUGAGUAGGCUAAACUAGCGAGCUGCAUUCGCUAGCUAAGUAAGUGAAAAUGAAAAGUGAAUAAAUAAAACAAAAGGAAAUGUAGCUACAGUGAGGGAAAAAAAGUAUUUGAUCCCCUGCUGAUUUUGUACAUUUGCCCACUGACAAAUAAAUUUUCAGUCUAUAAUUUUAAUGGUAGGUUUAUUUGAACAGUGAGAGACAGAAUAACAACAAAAAAAUCCAGAAAAACGCAUGUCAAAAAUGUUAUAAAUGGAUUUGCAUUUUAAUGAGGGAAAUAAGUAUUUGACCCCUCUGCAAAACAUGACUUAGUACUUGGUGGCAAAAACCCUUGUUAGCAAUCGCAGAGGUCAGACGUUUCUUGUAGUUGGCCACCAGGUUUGCACACAUCUCAGGAGGGAUUUUGUCCCACUCCUCUUUGCAGAUCUUCUCCAAGUCAUUAAGGUUUCGAGGCUGACAUUUGGCAACUCGAACCUUCAGCUCCCUCCACAGAUUUUCUAUGGGAUUAAGGUCUGGAGACUGGCUAGGCCACUCCAGGACCUUAAUGUGCUUCUUCUUGAGCCACUCCUUUGUUGCCUUUGGCCGUGUGUUUUGGGUCAUUGUCAUGCUGGAAUACCCAUCCACGACCCAUUUUCAAUGCCCUGGCUGAGGGAAGUUGUCCUGUCCCCUUAGCAGAAAAACACCCCCAAAGCAUAAUGUUUCCACCUCCAUAUUUGACGGAGGGGGAUGGUGUUCUUGGGGUCAUAGGCAGCAUUCUGCCUCCUCCAAACAUGGCGAGUUGAGUUGAUGCCAAAGAGCUCCAUUUUGGUCUCAUCUGACCACAACACUUUCACCCAGUUCUCCUCUGAAUCAUUCAGAUGUUCAUUGGUAAACAUCAGACGGGCAUGUAUAUGUGCUUUCUUAAGCAGGGGGACCUUGCGGGCACUGCAGGAUUUCAGUCCUUCACGGCGUAGUGUGUUACCAAUUGUUUUCUUGGUGACUAUGGUCCCAGCUGCCUUGAGAUCAUUGACAAGAUCCUCCCGUGUAGUUCUGGGCUGAUUCCUCACCGUUCUCAUGAUCAUUGCAACUCCACGAGGUGAGAUCUUGCAUGGAGCCCCAGGCCGAGGGAGAUUGACAGUUAUUUUGUGUUUCUUCCAUUUGCGAAUAAUCACACCAACUGUUGUCACCUUCUCACCAAGCUGCUUGGCGAUGGUCUUGUAGCCCAUUCCAGCCUUGUGUAGGUCUACAAUCUUGUCCCUGACAUCCUUGGAGAGCUCUUUGGUCUUGGCCAUGGUGGAGAGUUUGGAAUCUGAUUGAUUGAUUGCUUCUGUGGACAGGUGUCUUUUAUACAGGUAACAAACUGAGAUUAGGAGCACUCCCUUUAAGAGUGUGCUCCUAAUCUCAGCUCGUUACCUGUAUAAAAGACACCUGGGAGCCAGAAAUCUUUCUGAUUGAGAGGGGGUCAAAUACUUAUUUCCCUCAUUAAAAUGCAAAUCAAUUUAUAACAUUUUUGACAUGCGUUUUUCUGGAUUUUUUUGUUGUUAUUCUGUCUCUCACUGUUCAAAUAAACCUACCAUUAAAAUGAUAGACUGAUCAUUUCUUUGUCAGUGGGCAAACGUACAAAAUCAGCAGGGGAUCAAAUACUUUUUUUCCCUCACUGUAGCUCUCUCUCUCUCUCUCGCUUCUCCUUCAUUUUGUAAGAACUGAAUUUGUUCAAAACUCUUCAACUAUUUUCUUUCUCUCUCUUUGAGUCAACUACUCACCACAUUUUAUGCACUGCAGUGCUAGCUAGCUGUAGCUUAUGCUUUCAGUACUAGAUUCAUUCUCUGAUCCUUUGAUUGGGUGAACAACAUGUCAGUUCAUACUGCAAGAGCUCUGAUAGGUUGGAGGAUGUCCUCCGGAAGGUGUCAUAAUUACUGUGUAAGUCAAUGGAAGGGGUGAGAAGCAGGGCCUAAAAUUAGCACCCGCCACCUACCAAAUGCGGGUAGAUUUUGGCAUUGGCAGGUAAGAUGUCUAUUUCACCAGCUACGUUUGCGGGUGGUCAGGGCUCCACAGUGCAAGUAUUUCACUAGCAUUUGUGAAUAAAAAAUAGUCAAGUAUGAUCACAUUUAUAGUAAAAUAAAUGCUGCAGUAGCUGUUUUCAAAGUAUUUCUGCAACACUGCCUGGCUGGGGGCUGUGCGGACAUAAAGAACUGAGUGAAAGAUUCAUUUUUAGAAGCGUUGCGCACAGGCAUAAAAGUUGGUCUAAUUUACUUGAAACAAAAGUCUACUGAAGUGAGACUUUGUCCUUGUGUUUCUUGGCUAUUUACAUUGUUUUGCUCACAAGCUAAGUUGUUUCUCUAUGUUUGAGUUUCAACUGCUAGGGAAGAGAAGACAACGCUUCCACUAGUCAGACUCAAUCUCACAGUAGAACCAUGACUAGUCGCGUUACCAAGGUAACCUCCCGGCCUUAAUUUGUGAUAUUUUGGUUAAGACUCAGGUCAGAUUACUUCUUACUAGUAAUACAGUGGCUUGCGAAAGUAUUCAACCCCCUUGGCAUUUUUCCUAUUUUGUUGCCUUACAACCUGGAAUUAAAAUUAAUUUUGGGGGGGUUUGAAUCAUUUGAUUUACACAACAUGCCUACCACUUUGAAGAUACAAAAUAUUUUUUCUUGUGAAACAAACAAGAAAUAAGACCAAAAAAAAACAGAAAAUUUGAGCGUGCAUAACUAUUCACCCCCCCCCCCCCCCCCCCCUUAGAUUGCACACAGGUGGACUUUAUUUAACUAAUUAUGUGACUUCUGAAGGUAAUUGGUUGCACCAGAUCUUAUUUAGGGGCUUCAUAGCAAAGGGGGUGAAAACAUAUGCACGCACCACUUUUCCGUUAUUUAUUUUUUGAAACAAGUCAUCUUUUUCAUUUCACUUCACCAAUUUUGACUAUUUUGUGUAUGUCCAUUACAUGAAAUCCAAUUAAAAAUCCCUUUAAAUUACAGGUUGUAAUGCAACAAAAUAGGAAAAGCGCGAAGGGGGAUGAAUACUUUUGCAAGGCACUGUACAUGUAUUGUUUUAGAAACAUUACAGAGCAUGCUCAUCAGUUUCUGUUUUGUUUUAGUCUACUUGGUUGUUGGUGUAAUUUUAGAUAAAAAUAAUAAUAUUUUGGCUGGUAAAAAAUCUGAUUGGCUGGUAGAUUUUUUUAUUUACUUGCCACAGUGGUUGGUGGACCAAAAAGUUAAUUUUAUGCCCUGGUGAGAACCAUGAGCCUCCUAGGUUUUGAAAUUGAAAUGUCAAUGGACCCAGAGGACGGAAACUAGCUGUCCUCUGGCUACACCAUGGUGGUACCACAGAGAGUGAUGUUAAGGCUACUACAGACCAUUGCAAAACAGUGUGUUUUAAUCAACUAUUUGGUGACUUGAAUAUAUUUAGUAUAGUUUUAUCUAAAAAUGAAAGUAUUUCACUGUAAGGUCUACUACACCUAUUGUAUUUGGCGCAUGUGACAAUGAAAAUUUGAUUUGAUUUGAUUUGAAAUCCCCAUCAAAGCGAAGCUCUGUUAUGGAAGGUCACAACGUUGGAGAUGAUGACUUGUCUUAGAAGUAUUUUAGAAGUAACUCAACUUCAUUCUCUGCAUCUCUGCAUAUCCCCGAUGUUGUAAAGGAUCAUAGAAAUUAGACAGUCCCCUGUCCCUAUAUUCUACCUGGCGUACUACUGAUGAAACCAUUUACAGUUUUGUGCAGUAGCAUUUACCGAUUGCAACUUUUUCUCUUCUGUUAAAAACAGCGUUUUGAUAUUCCGUAAACAAAACAUUUGACAGUGAAUUUUUGUUUAUUAAUUGAUGACAAUUGUAUUUAAAGUUGAGCAAAAGUGAAUCUUAAGAUACGAACUCCAGGUACAAAACAAGACAAUUAUCAGGCAAUCUGCAAAUGUAUUUGAGCAUUUGAUCAUUUUUGUUUUGCCAUAGGUACUGUUAGGUUCUAGAUUUCUGUUACGAAACUCCAGGCGGACACCAAAAAACGCUAAAACUAGAUUUAUUACACCCGACUGAAUGCUUCAGCUGAGAACAUGCAUUCAGUACAGUGCAGUGUCCAUUUAUACCCUUAGCUCUCACCCCCUCCCUUCCACAAAGAUGUGUUUCAGUACUUUUCCAUCAUCCAGUAUUUAUCUGUGCUCCUCUGAGCAUAUCACAGGUCUUCUCAUCAGUCAGAAGAGGCCUUGAGUUGUGGGGAGUACACAUUCCUAUAGUCCACUGCAGUCCACUACAUAAUUGCACUUUAUCAUACACAAAGAGCUUAAACCUAACACUACUUUCAAUCUCUAUGGAUGUAUAAAAACCAUCUAUUCAUACUAAGAGCAUAUCAUUAUAUAAAACAGUAAAGAUAUACAGUCGUAUGAAAAAGUUUGGGCACCCCUGACAAUCUCCAUGAUUUCCAUUUAUAAAUAAUUGGGUGUUUUGGAUCAGCAAUUUCAUUUUGAUCUAUCAAAUAAGUGAUGGACACAGUAAUAUUUCAGUAGUGAAAUUAGGUUUAUUGGAUUAACAGAAAAUGUGCAAUAUGCAUCAAAAUGAAAUUAGACAGGUGCAUAAAUUUGGGCACCCCAACAGAAAAAUCACAUCAAUAUUUAGUAGAGCCUCCUUUUGCUGAAAUAACAGCCUCUAGACGCUUCCUAUAGCCUCUAAUGAGUGUCUGGAUUCUGGAUGAAGGUAUUUUGGACCAUUCCUCCUUACAAAACAUCUCCAGUUCAGUUAGGUUUGAUGGUUGCCGAGCAUGGACAGCACGCUUCAAAUCAUCCCACAGAUUCUCAAUGAUAUUCAGGUCUGGGGACUAGGAUGGCCAUUCCAGAACAUUGUACUUGUUCCUCUGCAUAAAUGCCCGGGUAGAUUUUGAGCAGUGUUUUGGGUCGUUGUCUUGUUGAAAUAUCCAGCCCCGGCGUAACUUAAACUUUGUGACUGAUUCGUCAACAUUAUUCCCAAGAAUCUGCUGAUAUUGAGUGGAAUCCAUGCGACCCUCAACUUUAACAAGAUUCCCAGUACCGGCACUGGCCACACAGCCCCACAGCAUGAUGGAACCCCCACCAAAUUUUACUGUGGGUAGCAAGUGUUUUUCUUGGAACGCUGUGUUCCUUUGCCGCCAUGCAUAACGCCCCUUGUUAUGACCAAAUAACUCAAUCUUUGUUUCAUCAGUCCACAGCACCUUAUUCCAAAAUGAAGCUGGCUUGUCCAAAUGUGCGUUUGCAUACCUCAAGCGACUCUGUUUGUGGUGUGUGUGCAGAAAAGGCUUCUUCCGCAUCACUCUCCUGUACAGCUUCUCCUUGUGCAAAGUGCGCUGAAUUGUUGAACGAUGCACAGUGACACCAUCUGCAGCAAGAUUAUGUUGUAGGUCUUUGGAGGUGGUCUGUGGGCUGUUUUUGACCGUUCUCACCAUCCUUCGCUUUUGCCUCUCCGAUAUUUAACUUGGCCUGCCACUUCUGGCCUUAACAAGAACUGUGCCUGUGGUCUUCCAUUUCCUCACUAUGUUCCUCACGGUGGACACUGACAGCUUACAUCUCUGCGAUAGCUUUUUGUAGCCUUCCCCUAAACCAUAAUGUUGAACAAUCUUUGUUUUCAGGUCAUUUGAGAGUUGUUUUGAGGCCCCCAUGUUGCCACUCUUCAGAGGAGAGUCAAAGAGAACAAUAACUUGCAAUUGGCCACCUUAAAUACCUUUUCUCAUGAUUGGAUGCACUUGUCUAUGAAGUUCAAGGCUUAAUGAGCUCACCAAACCAAUUGUGUGUUCCAAUUAAUCAGUGCUAAGUAGUUACAGGUAUUCAUAUCAACAGAAUGACAAGGGUGCCCAAAUUUUUGCAUAGCCUAUUUUUCACAUCUGAUUUAAUUUCAUACAACUUAAUAUUGCUACACUAAAAAUCCUUGUCUGGACAAUACCCCAGUACUCAGCUUUUAUUAGAAAAUGAAUGGCAUACCACUGUGAUCAUUUUCUGUGACGACAGAGUCAAUUAUUAUGCAGCCUCAGAGGGGUGCCCAAACUUUUUCAUACAACUGUAAAACAGUCAAAAACUGUAAAACAGUCAUUUACAAUCUGUCAGCCCUAACCCAUAACAUGAUUAUUACUACUGACAUGCUAAUUAACAAGGUGCUCGGGGAAUAAUGGUCUCCAACAGUACGUUUAACCACAGAAAAACUGCAACCAGGUAAGUCAUUGAGAACACAUUCUCUUUCACAAUAACGACCUGAGAAUGUAUGUGAAAUGAUUUAUUUAAAAUGUGUAUUUAUUUCUUCUGUCAUAUGUUUAACAAUAACAGGUGGAGGUACUGCUGUGUCGCUGGCAGAGAAGGUCGGCCAUGAAGAAGAACAGGAAGAGCCUGACCUCCUCUACUAUACAUGGAGGCCUCACGGAAUACAUUCUAUCACCCCCCAGUCUACCUACUGAUAUGGACCCUCGCUAUGGGUGA